CACUCGCUACUACCAGCAAGGCCAUGCUUUAUCAACAUUUUUACUUCCUGGGAUUAACUGAUAACAUUGAUAAGUCACCCGAUGAAACCGAAAAGCCACGAUGGCAGCGGGUUCUCAAGCAGUGUCUCUCUGUGAGCCUCAGACAGGAGCUUCGAUCCGGAGAGAAAAUGAUGAACCGGAAGCAGCUUUUAUCCCUAGUGGCGGUGGGCUAUGUCGCCAUCACGAGCCUGGUGCUGCUCUUCUAUUCAAGCUUCCGGCAGUCCGGCGUCACCACAUUGUGUUCGGAACUCUCGAGGAACAACAACACAGGUGGCGGGGCAAUGAUGGACGCGAUGCGCCUUCUGCACGGCAACGUUGAGAGAGUGCUGGUUGGCGGUCGGCUGCCUGUGGACCCGAGGGAGAAUAAGUCGUUGAGCCUCUGGGGCAGCGAUCCUCCCGGGAGCCCGUGUUCCGAGUACAAAUCAAGGUUCGGGAUGCACCUGCCGCCGGUGUGGCUGGCCUCGUACCCUUGCUCCGGCAACACCUGGACGCGCUACCUGCUGGAGGCGGCGUCGGGCGUCUUCACCGGCUCCAUCUACGUGGACAACAGUCUCACAAAGAGAGGUUAUCUUGGAGAGCGUGACUCUGUUACCAGCAUGCGAACCCUCGUGCAGAAGAUACACACUAUUCCACCAUGCAAGCUGAAGGACCGUAAGUGCCCCGAAAACAACCGGACGAUCCCCACCGUCCUGCUGCUCAGGAAUCCGGCCAAAGCCAUCUUAUCAUACUACAAGUUCGAGAAAACUAAAAGUCACACAAAACAGAUUCCGGUCUCUGACUUUCAAACCAAAGCGUUCCACUCCUUUUUAAGCAGAAGCAUAAGGGAUUGGACGCAGGUAGCCCUGGACCGCCUGCUGUGGACUGAAGCGCCGCUGUACGUGAUGCACUACGAACGUCUGGUGCAGGAGCCCGUCAAGGAGCUCACCGCCCUCCUCGCCUUCCUCGGAGUGCCCUGGGACGAGGGCAGGAUGGCGUGCAUCGCCUCACACCUGGAAGGCAGCUUCAAAAGGAAAGGCAACGCGGCCCUCGACCCCUACUCCGCCGAGGAGAAGGCGGUGAUGGCAGUGGAGGAGGCAGCUGUCAACAGGACCCUCCUAAUGAUGGGCUACUCACCCCUUCCGACCUACCACUGAGUGCAGACUUCUGAACAUACAUAAUAUACGUAUUAUUAUUAAGGUAGUACGGUCAGUUUUCCAUAAAAGAUCAUAUACAUUGUAGCCUUUAGAUCUGCAUAUUGUUUUGCAUGCUUCCUUCACAACUUUAUAUUCUAAUUCAUCCUUAACAUCCUUUAUUUGUUGUAAGCUUCUUGGAUGAAAAUAGUUUUGUAUGUUACAAUUAGAUUACCCGCCAAUUUGUCUUCUGCGCAUCGGCACGUGCUCUAAACUUCAGGUGUAUAUCUUAGAUUAAAAAGAAAAAAAAAUCAAAGGAUUUGUUUCUUUCAGGGAGUAUGUAUAAAACGACACAAUAAAGCUUGACGUGACA